CAACUGAACGAUGGUUAACAUGAGCUGUCACCAAUCGCAACAGAAAUACAUACCGAAUCCAAGACAGUCGAGAAAACGAAAUAAUAAAAGAAAAAGGAAUUGUUGGGACAAGUUAUCGCCAACAGCUCACAGUCAGACUUGAUUAAAAAGAAACUUCUUUAAGGUCAGUUGUGUACCGUGUGGAAGAAAGUCUGCGUGUUGUGACUGUGUGGGUGAGAUGACUGCAGAGUGGCUGCACCUGCCCCCACCCUACCCUCCUGGAGUGGGCCCGCUGUGUGGUGCAGAGUUGGAGGCGUGGUAUGAAGACCUGCAGGAUAUACUGGGCUCUGACGCAGGUGGGGCCAAGCAUGCUCGUGCCCCGCCUUGCUCUGAGAAGGAACCAGAGUUUCUUGAUGUUCUUGAGAGUUGCUCUUUCACAUGGUUGACGGAUGGGCCGGUUUGGGGCGAGGGAGUGCAACGAGUGCACGAGGACCCUCCUCUACAGUUGCCCACUCAGACUCCUGUCUCCUGUCUGAGCUCCCCGACACAGGAGGAGAGACGGAGUGGGGGGGAAGUGGAAAGCUCUGGGGGAGACCUGUUGCCCCCGGAGUUCUUUGAGCUGUUGAGUGAGGGAGGCCUGGGUUUGGUGGAGACGGGAACCAUCACAGUGAGCGGAAGCUAUUACCACCACCAGACCUAUCAACCCCCUUCUCCUGCCGCCAGUGAGGAGGAGCUCCCCACCGUGCCCGACUCCUCCUGCUCGUCAUCUUCAGCCUCACAGUCUCCCUCUCUCAACUGCUCCCCUCCCUCCUCCCCGCCUGCCUAUGUGUCAUCCCGGCUGGGCAAACGCAAGAGGGUGGGCGAGAGGGGAAGUGCAUCAUUGUCCCCCACAUCAGCAAAGAAAAGCAGGAAAGAGAGGGAGCAGGAGAACGAGAGGAAAGUGCAGGAACUGACAGAUCAGAAUGAACGACUGAAGGCAGAGAUUGAGAGGUUGGGAGAGGAGGUUCAGAGAACACGUAGGGCAUUGAUAGAGAGACUGGUCAACACCAGGAAGUGAGAAAGGAUUGGAAGAGUGUGAUGAAGAGGGAGAGGGGAGGUGAGUAAGAGACAGAAAGUUGGACAUUGGUACCUAGGGAUGAAAUCUAGCCAUCACUGCAAGUUUGGAAAAGAUAGAACAUAGAUGGAGUAAAGGAGGCGAGAAAAAGAGCACAAAAAAGAAAAUCUGUUAAAGCCACUGAAAGCAGAGGGGUAGACUCUUGUCAGGAAAAAAUACAGUUUUGUUAUUUGAAAUAAUCAAACAAUUUAUAAUUAUUUACCACUGUAUUAGGUUGUCUGCUGGUUUAUUACCAGAUCUUUCCUUCAGUGAGACAUAAUACUUGUUUAAGACUUUGUUCACCCCUCUUGUCUUUCAACACAAAGUGUGUUUGCAUCAGAGAAAGCCACAGCUGGAGAGGAGAGCAGAGAACUUGGGUGUGUUGGCCUGUUGGGUUUGUGUAGUUAUAAUAAGUGAGACCAGCAUCUCCACGUUUUCUUCACAAGAACAAAUGCUGUCUCUUUAGUAUACUCAGCUUAAGACAUGCACAGAAAAGUGUGUUUCAUUGUUACCCACUCACCUGUUCCAAUUCUUACAUGUUCAUCAAAGGGCUUUAAAACAGUAUAUCUGAAGCUCAGGACAGUUCUGCUGUAUCUGUGUGUGUGAAAAAGAAUGUCUGUCUUGCUUUUUAAAGAAGAUGAAAAUGCAACAGCCAUGAUGCGUGUAGAUGAAAGUCUAGAGAUCGGUUAGGUUACUAGUGCACCAUUUUGGUUUUAAAAAUAAUUUUGUUUUAAUACUCAACAUUAAGUGUUGACGCUAGAAAAUGUGAAACUCAAAACCACAUUAUUUUUAUAUUAACUUGUAACAUACAGUAUAAAAUGAAAUACUGCUAGUUGUGUGUUCCCAACAUAUACCGUAGUUUGUAUAUUGUCUAAUAGAUCAUGCAUGCUGAAUUACUUUCUUAGUAAUUAGCCAAUUUCAUUUAUUAUUUACUUACCAGAUUGUGUGGAAAACCUUCAUUUAUUAUAAAAAAAUUUCAGAUGAUUGUCUGCG